AUGGCCAAUGGCACGGCCGCUGGGAUGGCCCCUCGGGCUCACCUCGCCAUCUACCAGGUUUGCCAUAGAGACGGCUGCAAUGUCAGCGACAUCCUCGCGGGAUUGGACGCAGGUAUCAAGGACGGCGUCGACAUCUUCUCUAUCUCGAUUGGCGGCGGCUCGGCACUGGACCAAGAUCUCAUCGCCAUCGGUUCGUUCGCCGCGGCCAGGAAGGGGAUCUUCGUCAGCUGCGGUGCAGGCAACGAUGGACCUGACAACUUCACCCUCUCCAAUGAGGCACCGUGGGUCCUCACCGUUGCGGCCAGCAGCAUCGACCGAAGCUUUAGGGCCUCCGUGAAGCUUCCCAACGGGAAGGUGAUUCUCGGAGUGUCUCUCGACCAGCCCUGCAACUUCACUAAAAACUCUCUUCCCCUCUACUACUCUACCGAGUCAAGGGCUUGCGACAUGGAUCCACCCGAUGAUAGUCACAGGGGUAGCAUCUGGGUCUGUGAGGCCGACGGCGAAUUUCCAAAAGAUGUGGCGGCAUUCAUCAAGUCACAUGGCGCCAGGGCAUUAAUCUUCAUUUCCCCUAAAGUCGAGGCCACCACCAUUCUGAUGACGGAGCUGAACUUCCUUGGAAUAUGGCUCACCUCCCAAGAUGGCUCCGACCUCAUAUUGUAUUUAAUCUCAGCUUCCAACCACUCUGCGUCGAUCAUCUUUAACGGAACGACGAAUCUGGGCAUAUCCCCCUCCCCCGUCGUGGCUUUCUUCUCCUCCCGGGGGUUGUCUCGAACAACGUCGAGAAUCCUCAAGCCAGACAUCUCCGGCCCUGGCCUUGACAUCGUGACGGCUUGGAUUCCUUCCAGUGACACUCCGGAGUAUGCUAUCAAAUCUGGCACAUCCACAUCGAUGCCUCACCUCAGUGGUGUUGCUGCGCUCUUAAAGCCACACACCCUACUUAGUCACCGGCAGCUAUCAAGUCGGCGAUCCUAG